AUGAAGAGAAACUUGAUGCCACCAAGGAUAAAAAUAAGGGCUAGGGAUCUUGAGUUUUCUCAGCUAAACAAACGGCAUCUUUCUAUAUCUGAGCUCAACUCGCCUAAAAACAGUUUUUUGAGUACCAAUCAGCUUCCAGUUCAAGACCCAUUUCAAAAUAUCAGACUGGAUGGAUCAAGUAUCCCCACUCUUCGCCCUAUUUGUCCAUCUAAGCGAAGCACCCCUAGAGCAUCAACAGCAGGCUUGCAAAUACCAAACUUGCCCCUCCCUGUCGAUGAAAAAAUCCCUUUCUUGAUUGCACCUGAAUCUCAAAGAAGCCAGUGUAGAUCUACCCGAAGUAUGAAUCAUUGUAACUCUGAAGCUAUACUAACUCUUAUAACUAUUUUCCUAAAAAGCAUCUUAUUUUAUAAUAAAAACCCUAAUUUUUAAAACAUUUUAUAUAAGAGGAAUAAGCAACGUAAAGCCAAACCUAAUUUUUCACGCCUCCAAACGAAUUUUGCCUAGUGGCGUGAAACAGCCAAUAAAACCAAAAAUUCCAGUUCCUGUCGAUAUUACAAAUCCCAGUAAAGAGUCAGCGAAAUCAAGGUCAAAAAUAAAAUCCAUUGCAGCUUUCAAUUUUAAAAGGGAAAUUAGGACUCCUUGUUUCUCUUUUAAUCCAAUUUCUUCACAAAAGAAAAACCUGCAAUUAAGCGAAUCCGAAAGCUGUGGAAGCGAAAGUACAGCAUUGCCACAAAGCGGGGAAAUUUCAGGGUAUGAAAUAGCCCCAAGUAAGGUAAAAGUAAGCCAAGGCCAAAACAAUAAAGAAGCUUAUGAUAGGAUUAAAAGGCUGAUUCUUGAUUCCGACUGCUUAAAUAAUUAUGAUGAUCCUAGAGAAAUGUCCUUUGGAGAUGUGUACCAAAUGCCAGCAACAACUAAAAGGCCUAUAAAAUUAGUCUCACCAAGAAUGCAUUUUCGUAAUUAA